AUGGCAGAUCCGACAGAAUCUCCACCAAAAUCGUAUCUUAUCUUCAUCAAUCUCAUGAGUAAAAGACGGACAUGGGUUUGUCUCUUUAUCGCCGUCUACGCAAUUCUCUUGUCUUCUUCAUGGAACUUCUUGAGAUCAGUUCUUAACUGGUACAAGCUCCAAUACACUCCGACUUCGCCGUCUCCGUCGCGAUUACCGGCGGUAUACGCGUCGGUGGUUCUCGGUGCUGUGUUUGGAGCUAUGUCGAUGGUGGCUGCGACGGCGGUGGCGGUUCCGGCGGUGAUGGUGAUUUGGAUAUCGGUGGUGGUGUUACUUGCUUUCUUUGGGAAACCAAGAAGAGUUUUGGUGGUUGAAGGAAGAAAGAUUACGAGAGAUGUUGUUGGAUUUGUGUUUAAGGUUCUUUUGAAAGAAGGCAAUGUUGUUGCUGCUUUUUGUGCUGUUUUGGCUUACUUUUUGCUUAUUAGAAGAGAUUUUGAUUCAAGUUAG